UGGCCACCGAUCAGCCCACUUUGUCGGGAUUUGUGUCUCCAUGCAAGACUGCUGAAAAAGAAGCUCUGACUCUCGCAUUUUCUUUUAUUUGCAAGGCAAGCGUUCGCAGCCAAGCAACAAGCCCGACCACGGCAACAAAAGCACAAGAAGUGAAAAGCCUCUGAGUAUUUUUUUUUCUAGACCCAUCAGUGUCUCACAGCUCCCUGCACAAUGUCUGGAGAGGACGCACCUGCCCAGCAGCAAAACGCCGUGGACCAGAAGCAGGAGAACAAACCAACGGAGGAGCCCAAAACCGAGUCGCCCAAGACGGAGUCUCCCCCCGCCGGCGCCGCCGAAGCAGCGGCCACCCCGGCGGCGACCACCGAGAAGGUCCCCGAAGAGGACGCGUUCACCUAUCGCGCCCUGGUGCUCACCGGCUACGGCGGCUAUGAUAAAGUCAAGCUGCAGGUGAAGAAGGGCAAGCCGGCGCUCAAGGCUGGCGAGGUCCUGGUGCGGGUCAAGGCUUCCGGGCUGAACUUCGCCGACUUGAUGGCCAGGCAGGGGCUGUACGACCGGCUGCCGUCCCCGCCGGUCACCCCAGGAAUGGAGUGCUCCGGGUUGGUGGAGGCUGUAGGGGACGAAGUGACAGACAGAAAAGUCGGUGAUAAGGUGAUGGUGCUGAGCCGCUUUGGGCUCUGGCAGGAGAUGGCGGUGGUGCCGGCAAGCCACACCUUCCUCAUCCCAGAGGGCAUGAGCUUCGAGGAGGCAGCAGCCCUUCCUGUCAACUACAUCACUGCAUACAUGAUGCUGUUUGACUUCGGCAACCUUCGGCCCAACCAGAGUGUACUCAUCCAUGCUGCUGCAGGUGGCGUGGGUAUCGCAGCCACCCAGCUGUGCAAGACAGUGAAGGAUGUGACUGUGUUUGGCACGGCAUCGGCCAGCAAGCAUGAGACCAUCAGCCAGGGUGGAGUCACGCAUCCCAUCGACUACCGCACCAAGGACUACGUGGAGGAAGUCCGCAAGAUCAGUCCGAAAGGGCUGGACAUAAUACUGGACCCUCUCGGAGGAUCAGACACCCAUAAGGCCUACAACCUGCUGAAGCCUAUGGGAAAACUUAUUACCUAUGGUGCGGCCAACAUGCUGGCAGGCCAGAAGAAGAACUUGCUCGCCGUGGCCAAGAACUGGUACCACCAGUUCUCCAUCCACACGCUCAGCCUGAUCCAGGGGAACAAGUCGGUGUGCGGCUUCCACCUGGGCUACCUGGACGGGGAGACGGAGCUCAUCACACAGGCCAUGAACACCAUCCUGGAUCUCUACAAGCAGGGCAAGAUCAAGCCCCGCAUCGACUCCACUUGGUAUCUUGAGCAGGUGGGCGAUGCCAUGAGGAAGAUGCAGGAAAGGAACAACAUCGGCAAAGUGAUCCUCACCACAGAGCCGAUGCCCGAGGAGGAGAAGAAAGAGGAGCCCAAGAAGGAGGACAAGAAAGAGGACAAGAAGAAGGAUGACAAGAAGAAGGAUGACAAGAAGAAGGACGAUGGCAAGAAGGAGGAGAAGAAGGACGACAAGAAGAAAGAAGAGCCCAAGAAGGAGGAGAAGAAGGAGGAAGAGAAGAAGGAAGAGGCCAAGAAGGAGGAGAAGUGAGAGGGAGGGAUGGAUAGUUAAGCAGACCAACAGGGAGUUUGUGUCCUGGGAGCAGGGGGUGUGGUGUGGGAUGGUGGGGUUGGGGGAAGGAUGGGAAGGAGUUGGAAGGGUAGAUUACAAAAUUACCACACCGCUGUCUGUCUUUCAUCUCUUCUGCUUCACCCUCUUGAUUCCACAAUGGCAGUGAUUACUCAGGCCUGGUUCCACCCACCUCCCCCUCCCAUACCAUUUUCUAGCCUUUAUCUCAAAAAAAAAAAAAUCCAAUCACUUUUACCACCUUGCAAGCUCCAAACUCUUUUCCGUUGCCUCAAAAGAUCAAGAAAACAGCUGCAACACUUGAAAGAUUUUUCUUAUUUGGAAUGACAGAGACAAGGGAGCCAUGGAGGACUGUGGGUAGGGUCCAGGCUUGGGGCAAAUUACUGUUUCCUUGACAACCAUAAUCCCCGCUCGCACUCCGGCCCCACCCUCGACCCCCAUGCCCCUCUGCACCUCAACUCCCACUGUGCUAAAUUGUUCUGCUCUGACUUCCACCUGCCACCCUCCCAACCACCCCUCAUCCCCAUCCCCAACCCCUCACUAU